AUGAGUGCCAAUUACGCGCAGACAAUGCUUGAGUACUGUUUAGUAUCUGGUAAUGAUUGGUGGGAUGUGAUCAUUGGCUUACGACCCAAUCUUAUCGAUAGUGUUUGUGAGAAAAUUACCGAAACUUUUAUGAAUAAACAGCAGUUGGAGUUACAGCAGAAAUGGUUGAGUCGUUUUCUCACAAUCAAAGCAUCACUUUAUAGAUGUCUCAAUACGAGUAGUGCUAACAAUAGCGGUCAAUGCAAAGCUGGAGACUUCUACACAUUGAUUAUGUUGAACGCCAUCGCAACGACUCUGAAAUCAUUGCUCAGACCGCGGGAUAACCAGGAGAAUGAGGGACCGGCUGAGAACCUCAGUCUUCUCAUUCAAAAUAAGGGAAAUGACAUGCAAUACAUGAAAGUUGACACAAUUCUCAUUAAUUUAGAUAAUAAGGACUUUUGCGUUGAGCCGCAGAUUUUGCAAUCUUUCCAACAUUUGCAUCAAUGGAUUGCAGAUUUAACCCUCUAUUUAUUGGCUUCAUUGCCACAACAGUGUCAUCACAACCAGUUUAGAUUUCCCGGGGGUGGCUUAAUAUUCGAUACAAAAGCAUUGAAUACAUUGAGAGAACUGUUGGUAAUAAUCCGGUUUUGGGGUCUAAUUAACUCCGGAUGUCUUCCGGUGUUCACCAAAAUGGAGAACGAUUUGGACGUAAUUUCGCUUCUUUUCAAACUUUUAUCUAAAACAGUGACCGAAAGACUCGACGAAAAACUAUUAGACGAGUGCUGUCUUCUUCCAAAUCAAGUGCUUAUUCCUCAUUUAGACUUAUGUCUCAAAGCGAUAGGCGUCGCGAGUCCUGCACUCUUCACGAAUGCUCUUCCCCUCCAAUUUGAUUACUUUUCUGAGCCCUCGUUCUUGAAAUUCACCGCAAAAACCCAUUCAAUCGACGGCGCCGUUAAUUGCUAUGCCGGACGUCGUAUAGAUGUAGUCCGUUAUGUAGGACUCGGGGCUUCCAAUCAGGAGUCCUCUAACCUAAGGUCGUGUUCGCGAUGUAAUGCCGUCUCAUUGCUGAAGCCUAUUAUGCGUUCGCCGGCCACUAGAGCUUGGGAUCAAAGAUGGAUUAAGAACUGCUUAUGUGGUGGACACUGGAGGGUCAACACAACUUCAUAAUAUGCACACAUUUCACACCAUUAGUGAUUGUGGACUUAAUCACCAAUAGUUUAUAAACUCAUAUUCUAAUCACUGAUUAUUUCUAACAAUUAUGUCUUUUCUAUCAUUAAUACAUAAAAUUGUAC